AAAGGGUGGAGGAAGGAAUGAGGUGCAUCGAGCUGCGAAUAGAAAGGCGAGAGACCGAGUGAAAGAAAGAGGAAGAGAGGUGAACCUGAACACAUGAUCAUUCCCUAACUGCUGCCUUAGUCUACUUAUAGCCUACUUUCAUAGACUGUAAAACAGCGGAGAAAGGCAGAUAAGGACGCGAAUAAAACACAUCCUGCGAUCGCUACAAAAACAAGGAUUGACAUGUCAGAAACUGUGCCCCCUGAAGUGAGACCUAAACCUGUCGUCCCAGCCAAGCCCUCUCAUGUGGCACCACCUUCUGGCACUCCCUUUUUGCCUUCACCCCAAGGAACAGGGGGUGAAGGUCAAGGGUCAGGUCGAGGAUCUGCAUUGCUUGGAUACAUCGGUAUAGACACCAUCAUCGAGCAGAUGCGGAAGAAAACCAUGAAGACAGGCUUUGACUUCAACAUUAUGGUGGUUGGUCAGAGUGGUCUUGGGAAGUCCACUUUAGUGAAUACUCUCUUUAAGUCACAGGUGAGCAGGAGGAGCGCAAGCUGGAGUCGUGAUGACAAGAUUCCAAAGACUGUUGAGAUUAAAUCUGUCUCGCAUGUGAUUGAGGAAGGAGGGGUGAAGAUGAAGUUAACAGUCGUUGAUACACCAGGCUUUGGGGACCAAAUCAACAAUGAUAAUUGCUGGGAGCCCAUAUCCAAAUACAUCAAUGAACAAUAUGAGAAGUUUUUAAAGGAAGAAGUCAACAUUGCUCGCAAGAAACGCAUCCCUGACACCCGAGUGCACUGCUGCUUGUACUUCAUAUCCCCAACUGGACACUCGCUUCGCCAGUUGGAUAUUGAGUUCAUGAAACAUCUGAGUCGUGUGGUCAACGUCAUUCCUGUCAUUGCCAAAUCGGACACACUCACUCUUGAAGAGAAAAUUGAAUUUAAACAAAGGGUGAGGAAGGAGCUGGAAGCGUGUGGGAUCGAGUGUUAUCCGCAGAAAGAGUUUGAUGAGGACACGGAGGAUAAGAGUGAUAAUGAUAAGAUCAGGGAAACAAUGCCCUUUGCUGUGGUGGGAAGUGAUAAAGAGUACCAGGUCAAUGGGAAACGAGUUUUAGGGAGGAAGACACCCUGGGGAGUGGUGGAGGUUGAAAACCCAAACCACUGCGAAUUCUCCUUACUUCGUGAUUUCAUGAUUAGGUCUCACCUCCAGGACCUGAAGGAGGUCACUCAUAACAUCCAAUACGAGACGUACCGUGCCAAGAGGCUCAACGAUAACGGAGGUCUGCAUCCCAUCAACUCCUCUGGCCAUGACACGCAAGAAAGCAACCUGUGAAGAAGAACAAGAAAAAAAAUAUCCAACGAGCAGUAUAGUAAGGAUGUGAGAGGAGACAUAGAUUCAUCUUGUAAUAAUUCAGCUGUGCAUGCUCAGAAGAUCUCAUCGCUGUGGAGGUUUUGUCUUUAUGCUCCUUUUAACCCUUUGUGGAACUUGUCGUCAUCUCUUGUCGCACAACCUUUGAAAAUUUGGAAAAAGUGUUCCCCAGUUGCUCACUAUGCUGACAUUAGCGAGUGAGAUUGCUCGUGAUAAUCGUGUCUUGUCCUCCGUCCUCCACUGCAACCUCUGUUAGACACAUUUGAGCAGUUUGAUUUAGUUAGAAGGGGGAUUGCACUGCCACUGCAAUCUGCAGCUUACUCAACGGGCCUUAUCUAUUAAAACAUUUAGCACACUUUUAGUACCUGUUUCAAUUGAACAUGAAUUAGCCCACUAAAUCUUAACUUGCAAAGUGUUUUAAUAAGUGUCCUCUCUUUGGGUACAGCAGUGUUUCUCUAAGUACUUUUUUAUCUUUGCUGUGUAUCUCUGCCAAAGGAAGUCUCAGAGGACUCUGAAGUGACCAUUGAAGUAUAUACAGAUGACUCAAAACAACUGCAACAAUUUAAACUAGUGCGUUUACGUUGCUUUCCAGUGGCCAAUUCAGGAAGAUACUGAAAGAACACUGAUUAAAAAAAAUGAUCAGUUCCUUUUACAAAUCAAGAAGUUUUUCUUCAGCACAUUUUGUAUGCGUGUCUGUUGGUGUGAAUGAGUAGAAAGGUUGCGUUUAACAAAGCUUUCUCAUCAUUUCGCAUAUGGUAAUAGUGAUUUCUGUCUCUUAUGUGAUGUAAGUUUCUUUUUAAUAUCCCAUGUGUGCCAAUAUUUUCAAUUGUGUGUAAUUACUUUUACAUUUACUAUCACAAUAACACUCCCACGAUCUCUGCACAGAUUUAUACAUUAUGUUGGAAUCUUAGAGAUUCAUACUGAUCUUAAAUCAGUUCACUGUUUUCAUAUCACAUUUAAUCAAUGCUGGUGUGGAAUAAUAAAACACAUUUGAACAGUAAUUAUGAAAAUUAUUUAUAUUGUAUUUAUGUUUUAUUUAUGUUUUAUUUAUUACGAUACUUGUGUUUUGAUUUAAUAAACAUGGUUGCCAUGGUU